AUGUCUCUCACAACCUUCGCUGUGAUUUUCGCCGUCUUUUUGGCAUACGCAACUGCUAAUAAGCAGACGGUGGCCAUUGAGGGGCGACUGACAUGUGAAGGGAGACCCGCAGCCGGAGUCAAAGUCAAGCUCUACGAUCACGACACUUUCACCCUUGACGACAAACUGGCCGAGACCAAGACUGACCACGAGGGCUAUUUCCGAAUUGCGGGUACGGGCAGCGAGGUGAGCCGCCUGAACGCCAAAUUCAACAUCUACCACAAGUGCGGCAUGACGGUUCCGCUUUGCGAUUACAAGUUCUCAUUCGCUGUCCCCUACGAUUUUGUCAACACCGGAACCUAUGCCAACAAGGUCUACAACGCGCAAACCAUCGAACUGUCCCUGUUGGAGAAGCACCGUGACUGUAUCAAC